UUUCAAUCGAAAAUUUUGUUGUAAAACUUGGAUGGUACUCUUUUUCUGCUAAUUAUUUUAUGAUUUUUUUAUGCAUGAAAUGAUUUGAUUUUAGAUUAUAGAAUAUAUUUCAAGAGCAUGUGAUUUUCUCAAGUGGUUGGAUUCCAUUUGUAAGGAGUACGAACAUCCUCCCGAGACAAAAAAAAAAAAAAAGGAUAUUCUCCAACAUUGUUUCCACUAAUUAUUAUUUUGAAGUCAUCAAUAUCUUUUUUGCUCAAUCGUUAGUGUUGACCGUUAGUCAAUGGGUAAAAAUGCAACAAAAAUAUGACACCAAACUUUAGUCGGAGGAGUCGGAGGGGGGGUGGGUGGGCAUUGUUCUUUCCUUGUGUUUGAAGGUCAAUACAGUAAAAGCAGGCUUGGCAGUUGGUGCGGUCUGAGACUAAGAGCUUCCAUUAUCACAUUUUGGAGGGGCCAAUGUUCAAGCUUUUAAACCAUUUUAUAAGAUUCUUCCAAAUCGUGGUAAUCUUUUUAGUGUUUUUUAAUGUCCACCUUUGGCACUAAAGCAAUUCCUUGCUUGUCAUUUCCUCCAAGCUUUUCUUUUGUUGAGUGGUACAUUACCAAUUUGGCAUUUCGCAUACACGAAAUUCUGAUGCUAUAUAUGGAUGAUUUACUUGAUACAGCACUCUCAUAAGAAUUUUUUUCUGUGCCUAUCCAAAAAUGGCAAGCUCAAGAAUCAACGAGGAUAGGAGCAACCGAUCUGCUGCUUAUAGAGCAGUCUUAGAGGGAAAAAAACAGUCGGUAGAAACCUUUCGCAGUUUCUGGAGGGAAGAAGGUGUGAAACCACUUGAUAAACGUGGUGAUACUGUUCUCCAUUUUCUGGCCAUUUGCGGAAAUGUGGAUGCCUUCAGAUUACUUCUCCAGGAUGGUCUUGUGACAAUUGAAAAUCUGAAGGCAAAGAAUGUCAAUGGCCACACUGCAUUGCAUGAAGCUGCAAGAUUUGGCCACAAGGAUGUUGCAGAGAUCAUGUUAAGGACAGAAAAGGAUUUAGUGUCUGAGAGAAACAAACUGGGUGAAACCCCUCUUUUUGUGGCUGCUGCAUGUGGGAAAAAGGAAGUUUUCUCACUUCUGGAAAAGUACAUCGGUGAUUGCAUGAUGAGGAGGAAUGAUGGAUGCACAAUCCUUCAUGCUGCUGUAAUUGGAGGAUAUUACAGUCUAUGCUGGUGGAAUAUGAUGUGGGAUGUUGUUGCAUUAAAUGUUAGUCCUUUUCAAGUUUUCGCUCUAUUGUAUCAAACAGGUUUGGCAAUUGGCAUAUUGGAGUCGUAUCCUGAUCUUGCUGGCAAACGUAAUGAAAAAGGAAAAACUGCUUUACAUCUUUUGGCUGCAAAACCAGAGUCCUUCAGGAGUGUUUCUGCCUACACGCUCAACGAUCUUGGGAGGAAGUCCCUCAUUCCUCUGCAUAUACUCCGGGCUAUAAUCUAUUGGUGUAUUCCGGUCUUGAACAAGGAAUCGCAACCUGUCAACAGUGCAGAAGAACCAAGCAAUUCAGCUUCCAUUCAUAAAUUGGACAGAUCUUCUUCUGUCAAUUAUAUCUUGGGUUGUCCUUGGCUUAAAGAAAUUGAUGAUGCAAAGCAAAGCCAUGCAGUUGCACUAAUGCUUGCAGAAAGGUUAAUCAGAAGAGAAGAUUGGAGCCACUAUGUGCAUACAGAGGACAAAGAUCAUGAAGGCAGCCAGUUCGGGAUAUCAUCAGAAAAGAAAAAUAGUAUGCCAGAUCCACUAAUACAAGCAACGAGACUGGGCAUCAUUGAGGUAGUUCAGGAAAUCCUCAGUGUCUACCCUGAAGCUGCAUAUACCUUCGAUGGAAAAGGAAGGAAUAUACUGCAAAUUGCAGUGGAGGAGAAAAAAUGGUUCUUGUACGACUACUUGAUGACUAGUAGUACUAACAUGGACAUGAUGCUAAGUGAUAUUGAUCACGAAGGAAAUAGCAUUAUACAUCUCGCAGCACGCCUGGAAUCCCCUCCCAGCACUCCCCCUGGAGUUUUUCAGCAAAUGAUGUGGGAAUUCCUCUGGUUUAAGCGGGUUCAAUAUGACUGUUAUCCAUAUCUCUGGGAACUACAAAAUUCUGAUGGGAAGACAGCAAAACAAUUAUUCGAGACGAAACAUGCAAGCCUACGUGAAAGUGCUGAGAAAACUGUGAAAGAAUUGGCCAACGCUGUGUUGAUUGUGUCUGUCCUCAUUGGUACCAUAAACUUUGCUGCAAUUUUUACUGUACCUGGAGGUUUCGAUCAAACGACUGGAGAGGCCAUUUUUCUCAAGAACCGGCCCUGGGAAUUCGGCUUGUUGAUGUUCUACUUAGCUGCAGGGCUGUUCUCCGCUCUGUUCACCAUGGGGCCUCUGCUUGUGAUCAUCUUUAUGCGAUUCGAAACUGAGGAUUUUUAUGUUUCCCUGCCCUUCUACUAUGUGACGGUCGUCAUUGCCUUCUUCAACUCUGCGGUCUUCACAAUCGCAGCAGCUGGUCAAGCAUUACUAGUGCAGAAAGUCGUGAUUACCGACGACAGGCUCCUCGUGGUGGUGAUCGUCUUUAUCUCUUGUCUGUUGGCCCUUGUGCUCAUGGACACAUCAUAUCUGAUAUUCGACUAUGUGUAUUACCAAAUUCGUUAUUGCCUUUGUUAUAGAGGGCUAGAAUCCUAAGCACUGCCCUUGCUUAUUCAUGUCAAUUUCGUGCAGACUGAAAAAGUUUGA